AUGGAAACUGAAAAUAGUAUUUAAGUGCUGGAAAUUGAAGAUAUAUAAUAUAAUUUUGUAAGUGGUAAAAAAAGCAAAUACAUAAUUAAUAUUAUAUCUUCUUAAAUUAUUGAGUUAACUAAAAAGAAAAAAGAUAUUCAAGAUAAUAUGUCAAUCUUAAAAAAAAAACCAUUACUAAAUAAAUUUUUGAAUAACCAUAAUUUUCAAGAAGAAUUAAAUGUUAUGCCAUUAUCUUCUACUGCUAAUAAUUAUAUAGAAAAUUGUGAAGAUAUUUGGAUGAAUGAUAUGGAAGAAAGUAGUAUAAGUUCUGAGUAUAGCUCUGAACCUGUUAUAUGUCAUAUAAAAGAGAGACAAAUAACAAAUCAACAGCCAUGGAAUACAGAGGAAAUUAUUUUGGCUUUAUCUGAUCUCCCAGCAGGAAAGCAUGCACUUUCUAUUAUUUCUACACUGCAUGGAGAUAUUUUGGACAAAGUUUUACAUGAAUUUCUAAACAUUGAUAAUAACAAAGUGAAGAAUAUUCAAAAAACUCCUACACCUUCAUUUGCAAAUGGAUGCGUACAAAAUACACUAAUGAAUAUUGAAGAUGAAGCAACUUUGAAUACAACUGUACUACAACUUUUCAUAAGAUGGCCAAAUACUUGUCUUCUAGUUUCCUGUUAUCUAGGUUACGUAAAUUUGGUCAAAGCUUUACUGAAUAAAAAUGCAAAAGUUUCAGCAAAAGAUAGUGAUGGCAGGACACCAUUACAUUUGGCUGCUUGUACAGCUUCAUUAACAAUUUUGGAAGAAUUACUAAAACAUGGAGCAAAUCCAAACGAAUGGGACUUUAGUAAAAAAUAUACACCUUUACAUUGUGCUGCUGCUACUGGAGAUCUUGCAUGUGUGAAAUAUUUAAUAAAGUCAAAAGCAGAUGUAAACGCUGAAAUAUAUGGAAAAACUCCUGUUUACUAUGCUGUACUAAGUAAUGCAGCAGAUUGUGUCAAAGCUUUAUUAGAAGCAGGUGCUUCUCCUAAUAAUUCACAGGUUUACACAGAAACACCAUUGCAUGUAGCAGCUGGUUUGGGUUCUAUUAUAUGCACAAAACUAUUGUUAACUUAUGGAGCUGAUGUUAGAUUUCAGUUUGGUCCUAUGAAAUCUACUCCAUUGCAUCUAGCAGCUGAGGAAGGUAGUGCUGAAUGUACAAAAUUGUUGUUAGAAGCUGGUGCAGCAUGCGAAGCACAAAAUGCAAGGGGGCAAACACCAAUGCAUUUAGCAGUUUUGUCUCAAUCUAUAGAAACAUUAGAUAUACUUCUGAAUAUUGGAGCUAACGUUAAUAUCGAAGAUAAUGAUGGUCGUACUCCAUUACAUGCUGCAGUUGCAAAAUCUGCUAGAGGAAUAGAGAUGGUGAAAAUUUUAUUAAAGGCUGGUACUUUAGUCAACAAGGCAGACAAAUUUGGUUAUACACCUUUACAUAUUGCAGCUUUAAAUGAAAAAUCAUCAACAGUAAUAACGCUACUAUCAAAAGGAGCAGAUCUUACUGCUAGAACAAAAGGUGGUAUUUCUGCACUAAGCUUUAUUGUGCGCAGAACUCCAGAUGUAUUACCACGAUUUAUUUCACGCUUGGAUCAAGCAAUUUCUUUACAUGAUCAUGAAUUAGGUGAUGUUGAUUGCGAAUUAAGAUUAGAUUUUAGACCAUUAUUAUCAGGUGGUAGAGGAGAAACAGAUUUAAUGCUAUGCCUUGUGGAAGCUGGACAAAGACAUGUAUUGAAACAUCCUUUGUGUGAAAGUUUUCUCUAUUUAAAAUGGUUAAGAAUUCGCAAAUUUUUUUUAUUAAGUUUGAUAUUUCAUUCCAUAUUUGUUGCAUUUUUUACUGCAUAUAUUGUAGUUGAAAAAUUUAGAGGUGUACUUUUUUGGCCAGUACUAAUAUUUACUAUCACACUAGCUAGUAAAGAAUUUUUUCAAAUGGCUCAUGGUAUAUGUAGUUAUAUUAAAAGAUGGGAGAAUUGGCUUCAAUGGAGCGUCGUAUUACUAUCAAGCAUUGUGUUAAAUAUGCCAAAACAAUAUCAUAGUUUGCAAGGUCAUGGUUGGCAAUGUCAUAUAUCAGCUAUAAGUAUUCUAUUAAUUUGGAUACUGUUAAUGAUGGUAAUUGGGAAAUUUCCAAUGUUUGGCCUUUAUAUUCAAAUGUUUACUCAAGUAUCAAUUAAUUUCUUUAAAUUUCUGGGUGCUUAUAUAUUUCUCAUAGUAGGGUUUUCUUUAGGUUUUAAUGUAUUACUUCAAAAUGAUUCAUUUAAUCAUCCAUUAAUUGCUCUGUUGAAAGCUAUUGUAAUGAUGUCUGGGGAAUUAGAAUUUGAAGACAUAUUCAUUAGCACGCAAUCACCAAUUGAACAUUCUGGUACUGCUCAUUUAAUGUUUCUAAGUUUUGUUAUCUUAGUAACAAUAAUUUUAGCAAAUUUAAUGAUGGGCCUUGCUGUAUCAGAUAUACAAGAAUUAAGAAGAUGUGCAGGAUUAGAUGGAUUAGUGCGUAGAGCAGAAUUAGUAGCACAUUUGGAACACAUGUUAUUUUCUAAACUUUUAGAUCAUGCACCAAAUAUAAUAAUGAAGAUAUGCAGACGAGGUGCACUUUUGUUACAUCCACCACAUUAUUGUGCAAUCUAUAUUCGUCCUAAUGAUCCCCGCGAAAAACGUUUACCACAAGAACUAAUAAGAGCUAUCUAUUACUUAGUGAUUGAAAAAAAACAUAAGAAUAUAAGAAUAAAAGGAUCAUCUAUAUACAAUGCACAUAAUAUAGAAAUGGAUAUUUCUAGAUUAAGUCGAUUUUAUAGCAGUACCUCUAAUGAUAAUAAUCAACAAUUAAAUGAAUUAGCUGCUGAAUUAAAAAGAUGUUCUUUUAAUAUUACUACACGUUUGGAUAAGUUAACUAGCAAAGUUGAAAGUCUUGUUAAAGAUUGCACUAACUCAACAAUGGCAGAGCACAGGGGUACAUCCUUUUAUAAUUCUUGUGUAAAAGUUCCAAUAGAUCCUUGUAGCAGACAACCAAAUCCUUCUUAUGAACGUAUUGGAUCUAAAAAAAGCAAGGAAGAUAAUUUUUAUAACAAGUGUAAAAUAAAUUUUAUGGAAAAUGAUCAACUUAUUAAGGAAUGUAAAAUAUCUGAUCCUACACAAAUUAUGGAUAACUUUUUAGAAUUUUUGGAUAGUAUACCAGACUAUGAUCAAGUAUAUCAUUUAUCGAAUGAGCAGUUUAAACAAGAAGUUGAUCACUUGAAAAGAAAACAAAAACUAUUACUGAAAAAUUUAGAAAAUUCAUUGAUUAAUCAUGAAAAUGUAAAUGUGUCUAAAUUUUCAGUAUCUAAGUGUAAUCAAAAAUCAAAGAUUAAAAGUAAGAAUGAUAUUAAUGAUUUGAUAUUAAAUGGUAAAAAGUGUUACUUAGAAGAAUCUCGAACUCCUAGUCCUUUACUUUUUCUUUCUAGUAAAUUUGAUGGAUUAUCAGAAGACCAGGAUCUUUUGACAAAUAGUAAAAGCUACAAAGGAAAUGGAACAAUAUGUAAGGAGAAGAUAUGCUUGAAUGAUGAAAACUGGUUAAACAGUAAUGAUAAUAUUGAAAGUGACAUAGAUAGUAUAGAAACAAGAAGUUUGCCUGCUAAUAUUACAAAAGAAUGGCAUCCUACUGUUCCCAAACCAUUUAGUUUUACCAUACGAGAAGAAGCAAUAAAAGAACAAAAAUGUAAAAAUUUAGAAAAUAAUAAAAAAAAUUCGCGAAGGAAACGACGCGUGAGACCAAUCCCACUGACAUCAAAAAUUCCACUUUAUGACAAAUUAUUAGCUGAAAAAGAAGAAAGGAGUCGUAUAAUUCGUGAAGAAAGCGCAUUAAACCUAAUGUCUCAGGUACGUCCUUUUAGGCUGGAAUGUGAUCGUCGAGCUUGGAGAUUUUUAACAAGAUCUAGUCCAGAAAUUCGUAAUAAAAGCGUUAACAUGAAUACAAAUUUUAAGGCUAAACCAGUACCAAAAAAUCUUUUCAGUACAGAAAUAUACGAUCGUAUGCUUGAAGACGAAUAUUAUAGACAAUUACAAAAACAGUUAAGAGCCGUACAACUAAUGAAAUCUUCUUCUUUACCGCCGUCAAUGGCUAGACGAGAACGCGUCAAAUCUACGUGCAUACGUUUACAGAAUACAAAUAAAAAUUACAACGAAAACAUCUAUAAAAAUGUUUCGCAUCUGACAAAUAAUAAUUUAAUGCCAUUAGAAAGAUAUAAAUCUAUGGUGCCUUUUUUACCAAUACGAGGAAAUAACUUAGCAGCAAUCUUGAGAUGUCAAGUGUCACGAGAAAAAUUAGAACGUGAGAUAAGGGAAAAAAUGGAAGAAAGACGUCGAGAACAAGCAGUAAAAAUUAAACAAUCUUUGAUUGGCCGUAAUCCAGUAUGGCGAGCUUUGAGAUGUUCAGCGAGGCAUGAGCAUGAGAGAGACCUUAAUAUUCGAACUUUACUUCGUCGCGAUGAAGCACGUGAACAGGAGGAACGUCAUCGACUGCAAAUGGAAAUGAUGCUGGAUCGUGUGGCACAAAUACCAACUCUUUUUGAACGUCAUUCUCAGAGUUAUCAGUCAUUGAUAGAAGGAAAACAGAAUAUUAAUAAAAAAAUGUUGCAGCAAAGGAAAAAGAAAAAACAACAUAAACAAAUAUUAAAUACUAUAAGUUCAUAUAUGAAUUGCGAAAAUAUUUCUAGACCAGAUUCUGGAUCUUCAACUAGUUCUUCGUGUACUUCCUUAUCAGCUAGUCAGUCUUUAAAUUCAUCAAAUACAUCUAUAUCACAAUCAUCUGGAAUGUCGAUAACGAAAUCUCAAACUUCUCUUUCAAAAAAGAAAGGUGAUCGUAGCCAAUUAAAAGUUUCUAUAAACGAGACUGCAGAGCUGAUUGAAGAUCAAAACAAAAGCAACAAAUUCUGUAACAAUGAAUGUUUGAUCUCUAACAAUGAUCGCAAUGAAAAUUCUUCAUAAAGUAACAAAUAUAAUGAAAAAAUGUUUGCUAAGAAAUUUGACAAUUAUUAGUUCAGUUCAAUCGUAAUGGAAUAGUGAUUAAAAAUGUUAAAGUAAUUAUAAAAAUUUUAUUUAUGAAAGAAACAUAUAAGAUUUUCUUUUUUAAAUUUGUACUUCUUCACUAUAUGAAUAUAAAUAAAAAAUUUAUAAGAAUUUGUUUUAACGAAUUUAUAAAAAAUGAAUUAAAA